AUGUCCGAGCUCAGCACUCCAUAUUCCCUUAUCCAAGUUAACUCAAUCGAUACACCGCCCGUCACUACCUCCCUAUAUGGUCAAAAAACCAUCAUCCUACCAAGUCCCCCUUUCCCCAUCAUUCGACCCUCAAACCCGAUAAAAUUUAAGAGGAAAUUAGCGUUCAUAUUCGAAUCACUUUAUGAUGAGAAGUCUACUUUUCAAAUCAAAGUUAGAGAUGAGGAGAACUCUGGACUUGGUUCUCCGUUAUGGGAUAAUGCGAGGCUUGGAUCUAUUUCUGGAGAUGAGUCGGAAUUUGUAGAGGAUAGGGAAGGACUUGAAGAUUUGAGUGUUCGGAGUACUAGGACUGGAGAUAUUAAAGGGUAUUUGGGGAAGGAAUUGGAUUCAGCGCCAGAGAGGGUUGAAAUGUCUGACUCGUCUGACUUGGCUGAAAAAGAAGCGGUGGAGAUUUCGAAAGGAAAUUUAGAGCCGAAAAAACUCAAUAAUCUAAUUCUCUACCGCAAAGCACUAAUCCACGACAUUUCCCUCGCACCACACGACCCCUAUUUCUACAUCGACCUCUCCCAACUCGACAGCAAGCUCGGUUUUUGCGAAACCUCAUCCCACUACGCAUAUCGAGGACUUCAUCUCCUCCAAGCCGGAUUGAAAACCAUUACGUGCGCACAAUCUGCGCUCUCUCGCGCGGUAUUCACAGCGAUUUCUUCACGCCUUCGUACUUCCUCUCUUCCGAUUAUUAUGGAUGAAUUAAAUUGUAUGCAUGUUUGUGCUUAUCGCUGUUUAGUGCGGGGAUUAUUACAUUGUGCUACUUUUUGGGAUGGGUUGAGUGUAGUGAAAAUUGCGUUGGGGGUGUUUCCAGAUGAUGUUGAAUUGUUGGAUCUUAGGGCUCUUUUGUUGCAGUCUUUUAGGAAUAGACAUGAUGAAAUGGUGGAAGAUGCGAAGGAUGGGAGUGUGCGCAAUAUUAUCGCGUCGAGUCGUCCGGGAUUGAUAUAUCAGAAGAAAUACCCUUGGAUGGCUGAUAAACUUUUUGUUCGAACACCUCGGUUGGUUAGACGGGUUAAUUCUGAAUUUGGAUCCCCGAAUGCGGAAGUCAGACCGGUGGUUUUUGGUUCUCCUGGUUCAGCUUCUACAUUUAAAUUACUUUCGAGCCUUCCUAAACACGCGGAUGUCGGACCACUUGGUAUAUUUGCCAGGCGCGAUAUUGCUGAAGGCGAGACAAUUCUAAUCGACAAGUCUUAUGCAUGUAUUUCCGAUAUUGCACCCUCGACUGGACAGUUUUGCGACGCUUGUCACGCAGCCCUUACUCCACCUUUCAUGUUCCCAUCGCAGAUUCUUCGAUCAUCAUGCGGAUGUAAAGUGUCGUUUUGCUCCAAGGGCUGUCACGACGCCGCCAUCGAAGGCUAUCAUAAGAUCCAGUGCGGUAUUGAUUUCUCCUGGCUAUAUAAUGCUGGCUCGCUUCAAACUGAUUGGGAUCCUAUCAUGUUUCUGCGCGUGAUUUGUAUUGUCCUCAGCACACCCGGUUGGUCAAAAGAUUCAAUACCACAAAAAAACCCUUUGCUACAUCCAUUAGUAGCAAGAUUAACAGCCAAUUACGCAAGUAACGACAAACAAGCCACUCAUGGAUGUAAUUGGUCCUAUCAAGACAACAUUGUAGCACCAACACGUAUCCUCCUCGAUCUCGGCAUCGACAUCUUCACCCCAACCAAGAAGACCCAAGCAGGAAAAACCAAGCUCCUCGCCAACAUGUGGACACCAGAACUCAUCCAAACAAUCUACUGGCGCAUGUUAAAUAACGCCAACACAAGUACAAUCAACAUAUCCGGACUAUCCAUGCCCGCUCGCUCCUCCAUAUCUCCCAAUUCCCGAUUCGGUCAGGACAAAAAUGCACAUUUAAUCGUGCUAAGUCCGAGUUAUAUAUUCUUCAAUCACAGCUGUAGAAACAACGUAAUAUGGAAAGGAACCUGUACCAAUGGUUCGGACAACAUUUCCAUGCUCCUAAGCGGAGACGGAAAAAAUCAAAAGCUGAUGAAACCGGGAAGUAGUAGUGUGAUUUGUAAAGCCGAUCGAGAUAUUACUGCGGGAGAGGAAUUAACGAUUAGUUAUCUUGGUGAUCCGAUGGGCGAUUACUUGGAUGAUGAGUAUUUUGAAAAUCCGAGGUUGGCUAUUGGACAGGCGAGGAAUGGAUCUAUGAGUUCUUUUCGAAUGAGGGUUAGAAUGGCGUUGAUGAAGUGGUUUGGUGGUGAGGAUGGGUGUGGAUGUGGGUGUGUGCAAUGUGCGGAGGAGAAUGCAAGGGGGAUGAUGCCUAGGAUGGAAAGGAUGUGA